AGAGGCAGGCGGCGGCGGCGGCGCUGGAGUUGGACUCGGGCGGCGGCAGGUUGUGUACGUUAAAAUGAACAAAUUACGGCAGAGUUUUAGGAGAAAGAAAGACGUCUAUGUUCCUGAGGCCAGUCGUCCACAUCAGUGGCAAACAGAUGAAGAAGGUGUUCGUACUGGAAAAUGUAGUUUUCCAGUUAAGUACCUAGGCCAUGUGGAAGUUGACGAAUCAAGAGGAAUGCACAUUUGUGAAGAUGCUGUGAAGAGACUGAAAGCUGAAAGGAAGUUCUUCAAAGGCUUCUUUGGAAAAACUGGAAAGAAGGCCGUGAAAGCCGUCCUGUGGGUUUCAGCAGAUGGACUCCGAGUUGUGGAUGAAAAAACUAAGGACCUCAUAGUUGACCAGACAAUAGAGAAAGUUUCUUUCUGUGCCCCAGACAGGAACUUUGACAGGGCUUUCUCUUACAUUUGUCGGGAUGGCACUACACGACGCUGGAUUUGCCAUUGUUUCAUGGCCGUUAAGGACACGGGAGAAAGAUUGAGCCAUGCAGUGGGUUGUGCUUUUGCAGCCUGCCUGGAACGGAAACAGAAACGGGAGAAGGAGUGUGGUGUGACAGCCACUUUUGAUGCCAGCCGGACCACGUUUACCAGAGAAGGCUCCUUCCGAGUCACCACAGCCCUUGAGCAAGCGGAAAGAGAAGAGGUCAUGAGGCAGAUGCAGGACACAAAGAAAGCUGAAACAGAUGUGAAGACUACAGUGGCUUCAUCGGCAACGCCCAGUAACACUGCCCCAUCCCCCUCUUCUCCUACCUCCCCAACUGCUGACACCACUGCCUCUCUUGAGAUGAACAAUCCCCAUGCCAUCCCUCGACGUCAUGCACCGAUUGAGCAGCUUGCCAGGCAAGGUUCGUUCCGAGGCUUUCCUGCCCUUAGUCAGAAGAUGUCACCUUUUAAACGCCAGCUGUCCCUGCGCAUCAAUGAGUUGCCUUCCACUAUGCAACGGAAGACUGACUUCCCCAUCAAAAAUGCAGUGCCGGAGGUGGAAGGGGAAGCAGAGAGCAUCAGCUCCUUGUGCUCCCAGAUCACUAACGCCUUCAGCACACCCGAGGACCCUUUCUCAUCUGCCCCGAUGACCAAACCGGUGACGGUGGUGGCUCCACAGUCCCCCGCCUUUCAAGCUAAUGGCACUGACCCUGCCUUCCAUGUGUUUGCUGCUAAGCCAGCCCAAACUGCUCUAGCACCCACAGCAUUGCCUGUUCGUGAAACCAACCCUUGGGCCCAUGCCCCUCCUGCUGCUAACAAGGAAGUUGCAGCUACACAUUCGGGCACAGAGUGGGGUCCCUCAUCUGGAGCAGCCUCACCGGGGAUCUUUCAUGCUGGUCAUCGGCGCACGCCUUCUGAAGCUGACCGAUGGUUGGAAGAGGUUUCCAAAACAGUGCGGGCCCAGCAGCCCCAGGCUCCUGCUGCCCCCCUGCAGCCAAUUCUCCAGCCACCUCCACCUCCAGCUCUCUCCCAGCCAGCACCAUCUUUCCAAGGAAAUGCAUUCACCACCUCUCCGCCUGUGCCAGUGGGUGUGGUUCCACCAAUGCAACCAGCAUUUGUCCCUACCCAACCCUACCCUAUAGCCAAUGGGAUGCCCUAUCCAUCCUCAAAUGUGCCUGUGGUUGGCAUCACCCCCUCACAAAUGGUAGCCAAUGUGUUUGGCACUGCAGGCCAUCCCCAGGCAAAUCACCCCCAUCAAUCCCCCAGUUUGGUCAAACAGCAGACAUUCCCUCAGUAUGAAAUGAGCAGUACUAUCACCAGCCCUUUCUUUAAGCCCUCUGCCCAGCACCUCAACGGUUCUGCUGCUUUCAAUGGGGUAGACAAUAGCAAGAUGGCCUCAGGGGACAGGCAGUUGGAGACCUCUGCUACUACUGACCCAGUGGAUCCUUUUGAAGCUCAGUGGGCUGCGUUAGAAGGCAAGUCCAAACAACGCACUAACCCCUCACCGACUAAUCCUUUCUCCAGUGACUUACAGAAGACAUUUGAGAUUGAACUUUAAGCAGUCCUUGUGGCUCAUGCAUCUGGUCUGUCUUUUGGGUGAGGGAAGUGGGUUAAAGGAGCAAAGGGGACUUUCUUUUUCUGAUCAGCACACUUUUUGGUAAUCCCAAAGGCCCUGUGGAACAAGUCUGGGCACACAGUGCGGGAAGGAAUGAUUUUUAAGAAAAUUGCUUUUAAAAAUCCCUUCAGAUGACUUGCCCUGCAGUUAGAGUAAAGGAGUCAUGGGAAUGCGCCCCUCCCCUGCCUCUCUUCCUCUACAUCCCACCUAUCCUGGAGAAACAGAGUAGCUGAAGAGAAGGAGCAGAAAGCUGUACCAGGAGCCCAUUUGCAGGGUGGAGAAUGUGAUGGAAAGUAAAUGAAAUCUCCCUUUAUUUUUCAGCGCAUCUGCCUGCCCCCUAUUUGACCACCUCAUGGGCAAAGGAAAGUAACCUCCUCUCAGCCUGAGGACAGGAGGAGCAGCAGGCCGAUGGGCUGCCUGCCAGCAUUGAGGCGUAGGGGGAGGAAGCAUCCCUAGCCCAGCAAAGCUGUCUUUUUGGGGGGGAAGGGUGAGCUUCCACCUUAAGUAACAAUGAAUAUUAUAUAAAUAUAUAUAUAUAAAUAUAUUACAAAAAAAGCCAAAAUUUUUAUUUUUAUGCAUUUAGAAUAUUUUAAAUAGUUCAAUAUUAAAAAGUCAUAAGAGUUGUAAGUAAUCUUGCCAAAGGGAAAAGAAGGUUAGCUGUAAGAAAUUGUACAUAAGAUUGAUUUAUCCUUGAUUCCUAUCAAAAGUAACCAGAGAAGGGAAGUUAGAGGGUGUAACAAAGGGGAUUCCUAACUUGUUCUGUAGCAUACAUUGUAAGUAGCACAUUGCAACAACAAUCAUGAGUCAUGACCAAUAAAGCUCCUAGAUGGUAGUAUUAAAUAAAGACAAUGAAAGAGCAGUA